AAGCCCCAAGAAUCGCGUGUUCUAAUGACUGAGCCAGCCAGGCACCCUGAUGAUGCUUGUUUUUUUUUUUGUUUUGUUUUGUUUUUUGAUGAUGCUUAAGCACCCUGAUCUGUGGCUUUUUGCUGUGGCCGCCGAGUAGGCUAAUCCACCCACCAUUACAGCAGAGUGGGCAGGAGUAGUCACGGAGCUGGAGCGCAAGGAGUAGGGGUCAGGGGGAGACGUUUAACGUCCAGCCAACAGGUGUCCGAUGCUAUCACUAGACCAGGGAAGUGGUGAGCUGCCUGUCUCGAGGGAUGAACCAGCAGAACUGGAAGGGGCUGGAUCACUGUGCCGUGGAAAGAUUAAGGAUCACGGUGGGCUCAAUGAACCGUGGGCGUCUGUCCCCCUUGGGAUUAGCACCGCUGGGUCUCUGUCAGCAUUUGGGACUCACUGGAGCUGGGGACAUCUGGACCAGGAAGAGGGGAUCCAACAGAGAAGCUGGCCUCUACCCAGAAGCCACAACAUUCUAGUUGUCAGACUGAUGCUGUAAAACAAGAUGGUAACCGCUGGCCACCUGGCCAGAUCCAUGGAACAGGGAGGUGGCCAUAUUAGCAGUCAAAAUAAUUACUGAGCAUAGAUAUUGUGCUGGACCCUGGGCUCAGCAAUGGGGACACAGUGGGGGAACCAAACAGACCCAAUCACUGCACUCCAGGAGUCACUGUUAACGAAGAGAAGAAGCAUUCGUCAAAUAACGUGACACACUGCUGGGAGCUGCUUCCCCUGGUGAUAUCCAGUUGUGCCCGAGUGGGGGCCGGCCAUCAGCUCACCAACCAACAUCAGAGAGCAUCCCCCAGCCUGGCUGAGCCUGUCACCUGCAGCAGCCCCACGAUGAAUCUUGCAGGACUGGGGAGAACCCCUGGAGGCCGAAAGGGGCUUGUUAUGAAAAACAAAAACACUAUUUUUGUCUUUACUACUGUGGCGCACUUUGAGGGAACAAAGAUACCCCUUUAGGGGCCUCAUGCCAGGUACCGGACCACAGUAUAUCUCACGGCAGACACAGAGGAGCUGUGGAGAUGAGUCGAUGAGCAGGAACGUGUCUUCAGAAAGAAGCGAGCUCUCCACCUGUUGUGAUGUUCGCUCUCAACGCCUUCCAAAGGUAGAGGAGAAAAAAAAGCGCAUCAGCUACGUGCCCCAGCUCUCCAGCCCCACCCUGGCAGGGACACUCACCCAGUCUACCUUCACGCUGGAGCAGCCAAGGGGCCAGUUCGGUCGCCUCAACAUCUCCGACUUGGACACCAUCUGGCUGGUGGUGGCCCACAGCAACGCCACCCAGAACUUCGCUGCCCCACAGAGGGUGGAGGACAUCCCAGUCCCGGCUGACUUCAGCCAGAGGGGCUACUAUCUCACGCUGAUGGCCAACCGGUUGCUCUACCCGGGCAACCAGCCUGGCAACCAGCUCCGGGUCCUACGCGUUGGCAAUGAUACCCGCUGCUCCCCUAAGACCAGAGGCUGUAACCACCCCCUGCCGGGCCCGGGCCCCUAUCGAGUGAAGUUCCUGGUGAUGAGUGACAGGGGACCUGUGGCUGAGACAGAAUGGUCCAGCGAGACCCGCCUGCAGCAAGCCAAGGCACUACAGGCUGUCCCAGGACCCCAAAGCGCGGGCACCGUGGUCAUCAUUGCCAUUUUGUCGGUCUUGCUGGCUGUCCUUUUCACUGCCCUCCCUGCUCUGCUUAUCUACACCUGUCAUGACACUUGCAGGAGCGCUCCCAUUUCGGGCCCAGAGCAGUCGACUUGCGUGAGAAGAUACAACACCCACCACGUGACUGACCCCCCCGCCGUGGGGGCCUCAUGAGGGGUCCGCACCUGCCCCUUGGCCUCCUCCCUGGUCCAGGCUGCAGAUCCCGGGCUGGGAGCAUGCCCGGAAGCUUCUGGAGCCCUGGAAGAGAGUGUUUCCAAGUGAGGGUGAGGGGAGAGUGUCCUUAGCCCAAAAUUAGGCCUGUCCCUGUCAGAAAUAAAUGUCCCCAGCAGCCCUGCA